AUGCCUGGUCAGAAUUACAGCACAACAUCGGGAUUUAUCCUUUUCAGCUUCUCAGCCUUUCCGCACCAGCUGCUGCCUGCCCUCUUCCUGCUCCACCUUCUGAUGUACCUGUUCACACUGCUGGGGAACCUGCUCAUCAUGGCUACCUUGUGGACCAAACACCAGCUCCACACACCCAUGUACCUCUUUCUGUGUGCCCUCUCCAUCUCUGAGAUCCUGUUCACCAUUGCCAUCACACCACGCAUGGCUGACCUGCUCUCUAUCCAUCAAUCCAUCACCUUUGUGGCCUGUGCUAUUCAGACCUUCUUCUGCUUCACGUUUGGCUAUGCCCACUCCUUCUUACUCAUGGUCAGGAGUUAUGACCGCUAUGUGGCCAUUUGCCAUCCACUGCACUACAGUGUGCUCAUGAGCCCCACUGUUUGUGCCCACCUUGUGACCUGGUCCUGGGCUGGUGCCUCAGUUACGGGGAUGAUAAUGACAUCAAUAGUUUUCUCCCUCACCUUCUGUGAGUCUCAUGUGAUCCACUACAUUCUUUGUCAUGUGUUUUCCCUCUUGAAGCUGGCUUGUGGCGACGAGAUGGGCUCUGUCACUAUAGAGUGUGUCAUACCCCUGAUAGUCUGUUUAUCCCUCAUCAUCCUCUCCUAUGUAUUCAUUGUGGCUGCCAUCUUGAGGAUUCCCUCUCCUGAGGGCCAGCACAAGUCCUUCUCCACCUGUGUAUCUCACCUCACCAUGGUGAUUAUGUAUUAUAGCUUUGCCUCCAUGAUCUACUUCAAGCCGAAGAGGCCCCAGCAUGUGUAUACCAAUACUCUGAUGUCCACUACCUAUGAAGUUUUCAGCCCCUUCCUCAGCCCAAUCAUUUUCAUCCUCAGGAAUAAGGAGCUGAAAAAUUCUGUAAAUAAGAACUUCUUAACCAGACUCCUCCCCAAAAAGCUAAUCUUUAUAAGGAAUCCCCAAUGCUUUGUCCAGAGAGAGAACACCUGCAUUAUUAGUGAAUGUGUCUCUCCCGUCGCGGAGACCCGAGGGCCCGGAAGAGGGCGCUUCAGCGCCGCCUUUCUGGAGCCGCGUUGGGGCGCUGGGCCGGGAGGAUCGGUUGUCCAGUCCCAGGCGCCGCGGGAACGUAUGGUUUGUCUGAGCCGAGCGCAGGAGCGGUGCUGGGGGUUCCCAGCUCAGCGCGGUGGAGCAGGCGCCCCGCGGGGUAGGCCAACCCGUCCCAGUGACAGCAACCCAAUAAGGUCGCUGUGCACCUCGGGUACGCGCACCCUGUGCGGAGGGGACCCCAUGGGCACCCAAGCUGCACCAGAAACUGAACUAAACCCUGGUCAAACAGGUGCUGUCCUCGGGCCAUCAGCUGGGAACCAGGGCGGCGCCAUCCUCGUUCAGGCUCCUGAGCACCGCAGCUCCUGGAGGCACAGAGAGGCCGGGCGCUGGGGGCUCCCCGGGAUGGACGCUCUGCGCCUCCCGCCCCUCAGCAGCGCCUCGCCUGGGUGCCCGCCCAGCGCGGAGGGGCGGGCCUUCCGCUCUCCCCGAGGCGCCUCAGCGCCAGCCGCGGACCCAGGAGCUCGGAGCUCCCCAGAAUCUCUGGCGAGGGCUCCAACGACGCCCCCGUCUGCUCCCAAGGAGCAGACCGAGGACGGUGCGGCGUCGCAGCGGAGUUUGGUCUAA